AUGUUUUCUACCAUAAGAUUCUUCCUUUUCGAAUUUGAAAAUAUAUCUGAUGAUUAUUUACGUCGAUAUGAAAAUAAUGAAGAUAAAAAUAAUUUAUUAACAAAUUUAUUUAAUGGUGAUAAUGGAAAUAAUAUAGGAGAAUUAAUUGUUAAAUCUAUAAACCAAUUGCAUCCAAUAUUAAAACAUAAUCUUGAAUUAAUUCAACAACAAUUAAAUCGUUAUAUACUAGUUGUUAAUGAAUUUAUUGAAGCAUUAAAUCAAUUAAAUCCUCAACAACAAUUUGAUAUAUGGUCAAAAGAAUUAUUUCAUUUAUUAACGAAUGAUGUAAAUACAAAAGAUAUUGAUAAACUUAAAGAACAUUUAAUUAAAUUAAAAAAUAUACUUUUUUCUUUCUAA